AUGUGCUGUGCUACCUUAAGUGAACAACUCCAGCACUCACGCAAGUGGUACGACGUUGGCCUGAGAGCUGACGAUCUCCAGGUGCAUAUGAGAACACACUACAAACAGAGCAAGUGUGUCUGUACAGAGUGUGGGAUUGGUUUCUCCACACCAGAUAAACUCGCCAAACACACACGGAGUCACGACGUGAAUACAGACACCCCAUGCGAUACAUGCGAAAAAUCUUUUGUCAGCAAACUACAGUACCACGACCACUGUGGUCAUGAGCACGGCCAACAGUUCCCAUGCAAGCUGUGUGGCAAAUUCAAGGACUCCAAAUACUGGCUUGAGAAACACUAG